GGGUGAGGCGGACGCGCGCCGGGCUCAUGGCAGCUACCGCCCCGCCGCUUCCCUGCACGCAACCGCCUCGCGCCCCGCCUCUUCUUAAGUCAAGCCCCCGCGCCUCCCUCCGCUGCGCCGCGGCGAUCUCCUCCCUCUCGCAGUCGCAGACCAACGGCGACGGUACUAGGUACAGUACUAACAAGCGCCGGCCCCACAUGCCUCUCGCGGCGGCCGCCGCCGUCGCAGCCUGCCCCUCCCCGGUCGGCCUCGGCCGCCCCUUGUGCCGUGUCUACGCGCAUCCGCGCCGCCGGCGGGGGUUCCGGUUGGAGGCUAGCUCAUCGGCGUCCGCGCCCGCGCCGGCCGCGGCGGAUGCGGGGGCUGGAGCGGGGCCGUGUCCCGUGGUCAAGUUCGACAUGGACGACUUCGCCAUCGCUGACCGCGUCAGCGUCGGGCUCCACGGACGGUCGGAUGAGAUGAUCUUCGAGGCCACGGUGCGCGAUCCGAGCAGCGAGCUGUAUGGGUCAACGGUGGUGCUGCGGCAGCUGAAGAGCUCGCAGGCGAAGCGCAGGGGCCGGCGCGCGCUUGAGGUACUGAAGAAGCUGGCUCGCCGCCAGAUGAUGUACCACUCGUACGCACUGCAGGUCCAUGGUUACAUCGCUCCGGGCAAUGCCGUGGAGCAGGAAGAUGUCCCUUUCGUAUUGGUGCAUGGGUAUCAUGGGAGUUAUUCCCUGCGUCACUGGUUGCAGCUCUCGGAUUGGCUCCCAACCUUAGAAGCAACAUUAGCAUUGGAUGAAGAACAAGUUAGGAGGGUAGGAGAUGACUCUGUUGGAGGACCAGCUGUAACUCGACAGCUACGUUUAAUUAGGAUUUUGAUGAGAGACCUUUUGAUUGGUGUAAAUUAUCUACAUAGCCAUGGGCUGGCACAUACUGAGCUUAGAUUAGAGAAUGUUCAUGUGAGCCCAAUAGACAAGCAUGUUAAGGUUGGUAUUCUUGGAAAUGCUGCUGAUUUUCAUGACAAUGAUCCUAGCAGUAGCACAGUAGCAAGUAACAAUGAAAGGCGGAAAAUGAUGAUAGCAUUUGACAUGAGAUGUGUUGGCUUCAUCAUGGCAAAGAUGGUUUUGAGAGAGCUAAUGGAUUCUUCAACUUUCUUUAAAUUCAAAUCAUUCCUGACAAAGGGAAAUGACCCAUCCUGUUUGCGUGAGUUCCUUCUACCAAUUCUGUGCCAAAAUUCUCCAUCUGGGAAUAUUGGUUUGCAGAUGCUAGAUAGGCAAUGGGGUGCUGGUUGGAAUCUUUUGGCCUUAUUGCUGGCAACAAAACCUGAGAAAAGGAUAAAUUGCCUUGAUGCGUUGCGGCACCCCUUCCUCUGUGGACCAAAAUGGCGUAUAAAUCCAUCAACUAGUACCAUUCGAUGGGGCUUGGGAUCGACUGCUGUCCGCAUGGCUGAAGAUUAUAUCUAUGGAAAUCAUCAGCGUAGGCGGUUAGCGUAUUUCGUUCAAUUGAUGGAGGUCCUGAACCCUAAUUUAAGAACAGAGAACUGGCUUCAGCUCCUACAUGGUCGUUGGCGUCUCUUGUACUGCACUGGAAGACACAUUGGCCUCACGCUUCGUCAGCCUUCCCCUAGAAUCCUCAUCAGUGAUGUGUUCCUCACAGUUAGUUCAGAGUCCGCUGAUCCAGUCUUCUCUCUGAGGUCAGAUAUUGGUUUCAGAAUUAUGCCAGAAUCUAAUUGGCCUCAUGACAAAUCUGGCACUGAAGGAGUUUUGUCUGUCACAACAUCAGCAAGGAUAACUGCUGGGAGGAUUUAUAUUAAUGAACAGGACAGUAAAGAGAGUAGGGCCGCAUCUUCCAGAUCUUCUAGGAGAUAUAUUCGUGGUAAAUGGAGAACAGCUUCAAAGAUGAAGGAGCUGCCAGCUAGUCUCCCCAGUGUAAACAUUGCCAUGGAUGAAGUCGACGUAUCGAUGAGCUGCAAUUCGACUUUGAAUGUCAACUCUGCACAAAAAGUGCUGCAAGAGAUCCGCAUGCAGACCCCACCGGAAAUGUUCGAUUUGUCAAAGAUUGUCUGCGGGACAUACAUCGAUGCGAGGUUGAUGGUUCUUCGUGGUGUCAACGGGUCGGCUCUGCUUUUCAUUAGAUCAAAUCCAAUGACCGAUUCCUGAGGAGAAUCCGUUCGCCAUUCUGUAUUCCUAGCUGCGCAUUCAUUUGUAACAAGUGUAGAUAAGAUGCUGUAGGCCAUAGUUAGACUGUUAGACUGUUAUAUAUUCCUUUGAAUGAUCCUUUUUAAUUUGGUCAUGCGCUCAGCCCAGGGCUGAGGCGCUGGCAUCGUGAGUCUAAAUUUGCCCCCUGUGUAGAACCGCAAGACCUUUCGCCUUUGAUAGCUAAACGAUGGUCAUUUUCUUGGUCAUCCACUCA